AUGACGAAAUUCAGAGGAUGUAUAGACAUCCAUUCAGGUCAAGUGAAACAAAUAGUAGGAGGAACACUCACUCAAGACGACGCAACCCCCACCACAACCACCAUAGAAAAUUUUGUCUCUAACAAACCAUCAUCAUAUUUCGCCAAUUUAUAUAAAUCAAACAAUAUUGUCGGAUGUCAUGUGAUCAAACUUGGAUCUAAUAUUGAGAAUGAUAAUGCGGCGAAAUUGGCUUGUAAGACCUGGUUUGAGGGAUUACAAAUUGGUGGAGGGAUUUCUGAUGUGAAUGCUUUGGAAUGGAUUGAUUGUGGUGCUUCACAUGUGAUUGUUACUAGUUGGUUAUUUACCAAGAAUUCUGAGGGAGUGAUGGAGUUUGAUUGGGAGAAAUUGAAGAAGAUAUCGAAGUUGGUUGGUAGAGAAAAAUUAAUUGUUGAUUUAAGUUGUAGGACUGUGAUUGGAGACGACGGCAGUAGGAAAUGGAUAGUGGCAAUGAAUAAAUGGCAGACAUUGACAGCUAAUGAAUUAUCUGGGUGUUUUUUAAAAAGAGUUGGCGAAUAUUGUGACGAAUUUUUGAUUCAUGCGGCUGAUGUUGAAGGGUUAUGUAAUGGGAUUGAUGAGGAUUUAGUUAGAAGUUUAGGAGAAUGGUGUCCUCAAGGAUUUGAAGAAAAGAUUGUCUAUGCUGGAGGAGCAAAACUGAUUGAUGAUUUAGAUAUUGUUAAGAGAUUAAGUAAUGGAAAAGUUGAUUUAACUUAUGGAAGUUCAUUAGAUAUCUUUGGAGGUAAAUUAGUUAAGUUUGAUGAGUUAGUUCAAUGGAAUAGAGAUCACUAG